ACACACAUUUCAUUAGGUUUUCAUCAAGACAAUCACAAUCAACUCAAGCACUUCUUGUCUGUUUUCACAGAUUCAGGGCAUCCCGCUGACCUGAGGAUAGUUCUGAUAGGGAAGACUGGAUCAGGGAAGAGUUCAACAGGAAACACCAUCCUGGGGAGAAAGGUGUUUAGAGAAGACCUCUCCCCUGAGUCUGUCACUGUUCACUGUGAGAAACAGAGUGGAGUGGUGGAUGGGAGGAAGAUUGAUGUCAUCGACACCCCGGGGCUCUAUGACACAACAAUGUCUAAAGAAGAGAUGAAAAGUGAGAUAGAAAAGGCCAUCUACAUGUCAGUCCCAGGACCUCACGCCUUCCUGCUGGUGAUCAGACUGGGGAGGUUCACAGAGGAGGAGAGGAACACUGUGAAGUGGAUCCAGGAGAACUUUGGAGAAGAAGCAUCAAAGUACACCAUCAUUCUGUUCACCGGAGGAGACCAGCUGGAGGACAAAUCAAUGGUGGACUUUCUAAGUGAGAGUGAGGAGCUUAUGAAACUCAUCAAGGUCUUUAAGGGAAGAAAUCAUGUCUUCAAUAAUAAAAAGAAGAAUGACAACACUCAGGUCACAGAGCUGCUGAAGAAGAUAGAUGAGAUGGUGAUGAAGAAUGGAGGAAAACACUACACCAAUGAGAUGUACCAGGAGGUCCAGAGGAAGAUCGAAGAGGAGGAGGAGAGGAAGAGACAGGAGGAGAAGGAGAGAGAGGAGGAGGCGAAGAAGAAACAGGAGGAGGAGAUCAGAAAACGGGAAGAGAAGGCGAGAGAGGAGGAGAGGAAGAGACAGGAGAGAAGAAGAGACAGGAGGAGGAGAUCAGAAAACGGUGAGAAGAUAAGAGAGGAGGAGAGGAAGAGACAGGAGGAGAAGAAGAGAAAGGAGGAGAAGAAGAAACAUGAGGAGGAGAUCAGAAAACAGGUAGCAAAGGCGAGAGAGGAGGAGAGGACGAGACAGCAGAGGACGAGGAAGUCGUCGUCAGAUGGCAUAUUGGGAUUGUUAGCAACUGUUUUCACAGCGGUGGUAGCAGGACCAUUAGCAAUUCCAGUUGGAGCUGCUGUAUUUGCAAAUGAAUUAGCUGAACAUUUAGACGAUUCCGAUUAAAUGAGGAAGAGGAGGCAAUGUGAAGUACCACUCUCUUCCACAUCUUAAUGUCAAGUAGUAGCAGUACAAUAUAUUAAUACUGUACAAUGACAACCAUCAUUGUUUGAUUGUUCAACACUUUCUAACACGAUCAGUUAUUUACCAUGUUUAUUAUUCAGAGGCUUAGGGAUAAUAACAUACUGUAGGAUGACAUUUAUAACUCAACAAAAACAAACAGACAGAAAAAAAUCUGAAAUCAUGUUUCAUUAACUAGAUAGUUAAUAAGUUAGAAUGGGUAAAGGCAUUCUAGGUAUCUAGAUAUCUACAGUAUUGAUGUAUCUACCCUCCCUCCCUGGUCUGUGUUCUCUCUCUAGCCUCUCUCUACCCUCCCUCCCUGGUCUGUGUUCUCCCUCUAUCCUUCCUCCCUGGUCUGUGUUCU